CACCUCUAGUUCAUGUCCAUUGGUCAUACAUGUAAGUUUGUUCUUUGGCUUUUCCAUUUCCUAUACUAUUCUUAACCCCACCCCUGUCUAUUUUGUACCUGCCAUUUAUGCUUCUUAUUCCCUGUACCUUUUCCCUCAUUUCCCCUCCUCCCCCUCCCCACUGACAACCCUCCAUGUGAUCUCCAUUUCUGUGUUUCUGUUCCUGUUCUAGUUGUUUGCUUAGUUUGUUUUGUUUUUGUUUGUUUUAGGUUUGGUUGUUGAUAGUUGUGAGUUUGUUGUCAUUUUUACUGUUCAUAUUUUUGAUCAUCUUCUUUUUCUUAGAUAAGUCCCUUUAACAUUUCAUACAGAAAGGGCGUGGUGAUGAUGAACUCCUUUAAUUUGACCUUGUCUGGGAAGCUAAGGCUCUACCCUGUACUACAUAAUUGGCAUGCCGAGAUAAAAAAUGUGGCCCAAAUGGAAGAACUGAUCAAAGCUCUGUUUUGAGAAAAAAUACAACUAAGUGAUGAAGAGAUAGCCCACCUAUGAAAUGCAAAGUUCAAAACACUGGUAAUCAGUAUGCUCACAGAAAUAGAGCUCCACCUCAGAUAAGGCGUCCCAAUCGAGAAGUAAAACCUCUGAGGAAAGAAAUGCCAGGAGCGGGAGCCAGGGGACCAGUAGGCCGAGCACAUCCUAUAUCGAAGAAUGAGAAACCCUCCACAAGUAGGGACAAGGAUUGUAAAGCAAGAGGGAGAGAUGAAAAGGGACGGAAAAAUAUGCAAGAUGGUAUGAGUGAUGGUGAAAUUCCAAGAUUUGAUGGUGCUGGAUAUGAUAAGGAUCUGGUGGAAGCCCUCGAGAGAGACAUUGUGUCCAGGAAUCCUAGCAUUCAUUGGGAUGAUAUAGCAGAUCUGGAAGAAGCUAAGAAGUUGCUAAGGGAAGCUGUUGUUCUUCCGAUGUGGAUGCCUGAUUUCUUCAAAGGGAUUAGAAGGCCAUGGAAGGGUGUGCUGAUGGUUGGACCCCCAGGCACUGGAAAGACCAUGCUAGCUAAAGCUGUUGCCACCGAAUGCGGCACAACAUUCUUCAACGUUUCCUCUUCUACACUGACAUCCAAGUAUAGAGGUGAAUCCGAGAAGUUAGUCCGUCUGCUGUUUGAAAUGGCUAGAUUUUAUGCCCCAACCACAAUCUUCAUUGAUGAGAUAGAUUCUAUCUGCAGUCGAAGAGGGACCUCUGAUGAGCAUGAAGCAAGUCGCAGAGUCAAGUCUGAGCUACUCAUUCAGAUGGAUGGAGUUGGAGGAGCUUUAGAGAAUGAUGAUCCUUCCAAAAUGGUUAUGGUAUUGGCAGCUACUAAUUUCCCAUGGGACAUUGACGAAGCUCUGCGAAGGAGAUUAGAAAAAAGGAUUUAUAUACCUCUCCCAACAGCAAAAGGAAGAACCGAGCUCCUAAAGAUCAAUCUUCGUGAGGUUGAAUUGGAUCCUGAUAUUCAGCUGGAAGACAUAGCAGAGAAGAUCGAGGGCUAUUCUGGUGCUGAUAUAACUAAUGUUUGCAGGGAUGCAUCCUUAAUGGCAAUGAGACGGCGCAUCAAUGGCUUAAGUCCAGAAGAAAUCCGUGCACUUUCAAAGGAAGAGCUUCAGAUGCCUGUUACCAAAGGAGACUUUGAGUUGGCUCUUAAGAAAAUUGCAAAGUCUGUCUCUGCUGCAGACUUGGAGAAGUAUGAGAAAUGGAUGGUUGAAUUUGGAUCUGCUUGAAUUUUUGUCAGCUCUUUCAUUCUGGUAUUUUUAUUUAUAAAAUGUGAAGAAAUUCAUGCAUUUAAAAAAUAGGUUUGGAAACUUUUAAUUGGGGAGAUUUUUCACUUAAAGGCAAACAAUCUAAAACUACAGAGUAUAAAUGUAGUUGGAAAAUAAGAGGAGCUCACGUAGGAAACCUGAUGGUCCCUGUCACCCAACUGUGUGCGUUAAUAUGGCAACCCCAAACCAGGAUGCGAGGGCAGUGGAAGAAAGGGACCAGUGUGCUAUUGUGGAAGCUCGUUUACAAAAGAUUUAGAAGGACCUCUAUUUCUCACUUGCAUUUGUUAUCUUUUGCUUUUUGUGUUUUUCUAUUCUUUUCUCUAAACAUGAGGGCUCUACACGUGUUGACUAUUAAUAUCAAAACUGAGGUUGUAUCAGAUUCAUUAUUCAUUGAGAAUGAUAGUUGUGGAUUAAAUAAUGAAUUUACUAGUUAAACCUCUAGAAUUCAGCUCUUUACUAUUAAAGUCUAUUAUGUGGUCUGAAUUUUUACCCUUCGUCCCCCACCAUUUCUUCUAUCAUUAGCCUUUCAUCACUUAUUGAGUGCUGGGUGAGAAUAUCCUCAUGCUUUGGUGGUUUUUGAGUCAUUUUGCCAGGUGACUUCUCUAGUUGUGAGUAUUUUUGCUGGUACUUCCCAUAUUUCAUAUUGGAAGGGUGGGAAGAAUAUUAUGGUACAGUGCACUUCUUCAUUCUAGACCUCUGGGUUUGUUUUCGCUUUUCUUUAAAUUCGGUCAAACAGAUAAACCCAUUACUUUUUUCAGCUCUAACAUUGUUUGAUUUUUGUUGAAUUUGACCUUUUAAAAAAAUAUUUUAUUUAUUUAUUUUUAGAGAGAGGGGAAGGGAAGGAGAAAGAGAGGGAGAGAAACAUCAAUGUGUGCUUACCUCUCAUGUGUCCUUUACUGGGGACCUGGCCUGCAACCCAGGCAUGUGCCCUGACUGGGAAUUGAUCCAGCAACCCUUUGCUUCACAGGCCCAUGCUCAAUCCACUGAGCUACACUGGCCAGGGCUGAAUUUGACUUUUCUAUUAUAAGUAAAUACUUUUGUAUUCUGAACAAGUCUACUCUCUUGUGACUAAUGCAAAACAAACAAAACCAAAUUUAUAGUUUUUCAGAUAGCUUAUUUAACAGAAUAGCAUUGUACAUAAUGAAUAAUGCUCAUUUGAAAUUUUUUUAAUUGUGCUUUGUCAAGGUUGAUAACUUGGGCACAAAAUAGAGAGAUUAGGAUAGAGAGAUGCCAUGCUUAAUCAGUUCAGCAGGAAUUAGACUGAACGAGGCCAGAAAAAGUAGACAACCUAUGUCUAAUCACAAAUGGAGUGAGUCUUGUGGUGUUUAAAAUUACAUUUGUUUAAAAUCACAUUUAUCCUAUUUCGAUUGGGCAGCCUAUGCUUUAAUGGUCAAGCUUUUAACAUUUUUAUUUGAUGAUAUUCUGACUUUUCAAUUUUAGAGAGUACCUAUUGGUUUAAAAAAAACAUCCAUAACUCUUUAGAUACUUUAUAAAACACCUUUUAGUAUCUUAGGAGAUUUUUUUUCCUACUAAGAACUAUGUAAUUUACAGAUAACUUAAAUCUGACUAAAUUCCAAUAUUCAUCUUAUGCUAUAAAUUACCCACUUUCUUCUGAGGGAUAGAUUAUAAGAAUUUAUAAGUUUUUUAAGAUUUUAAAACCAUUGUUUUAUUUUAAUUUGAAUUCAUCUUAAAAAUUAGAUGAAAGAAGUUUCCUUUUAUUCAUUUCUUUCUACCCAUUUUUAUUUUUAUUUUUUAAUUGUUAUAUGUCAAUUAUAGUUGACAUACAAUAUGUUAGUCUCAGGUACACAAUCCCUUAAUUAGAUAUUAUAUAACUUUCAAAGUGAUUAUCCUGAUAAAUCUAGUACCCAUGUGACGCCAUAUGUAAUAAUUACAAUAUUAUUGACUUAUAUUCCCUAUGCUGUACUUUACAUCCCCAUGACUAUUCUAUAACUGACAAUUUGUACUUCUUAAUCCCUUCACCUUUCUUACCCAUCCCCAAACCCCAAUCCCUUCUGGCAACCAUGAAUAUGUUCUCCAUAUGUGAGUCUGUCUCUGUUCUACUUGUUUAUUUUGUUUCUUAGAUUCAGUUGUUGAUAGAUAACGUACAUAUUGUCAUUUCAUUGUUCAUAUUUUUUUAUCUUUUUUUUUUAAAGAAGACCCGUCAACAUUUCACUUAGUACUAGUUUGGUGGUAAUGAACUCCUUUAGCUUUUUCUUCUGUGGGAAACUCUUUAUCUGUAUUUUGAUUCUACAUGAUAGCUUCACUGGGGAGUAAUCUUGAUUGUAGGUCCUUACUUUAAAUCACUUUGAAUAUUUCUUGCCAACCCUUUGUGGCCUGCAAAGCUUCUUUUUUUGAAAUAUUUAAUUUAUUUUUAAAAAAUAUAUUUUAUUGAUUAUCCUAUUAUAGUUGUCCUAUUCCCCCCCCCUUAUUCCCCUCUACCCUACACACCCCUCCCACCCACAUUCCCCCCCUUUAGUUCAUGUCCAUGGGUCAUACAAAUAAGAUCUUUGGCUUCUCCAUUUCCUAUACUAUUCUUAACCUCCCCCUCUCUAUUUUCUACCUACCAUUUAUGCUACUUAUUCUCUGUACCCUUUUCCCCUCUCUCCCCUUCCAUGUGAUCCCAAAUUCUGUGAUUCUGUUCCUGUUCUAGUUGUUGGCUUAGUUUGUUUUUCUUUUAGGUGUGGUUGUUAAUAACUGAGUUUGUUGUCAUUUUACUGUUCAUAUUUUUAAUCUUUUUCUUAGAUAAGUCCCUUUAACAUUUCAUAUAAUAAGGGCUUGGUGAUGAUGAAUUCCUUUAACUUGACCUUAUCUGGGAAGCACUUUAUCUGCCCUUCCAUUCUAAAUGAGAGCUUUGCUAGAUAGAGUAAUCUUCAAUGUAGGUCCUUGCCUUUCAUGACUUUGAAUACUUCUUUCCAGCCCCUUCUUGCCUGCAAAAUUUCUUUUGAGAAAUCAGUUGACAGUUUUAUGGGAACCCCUUUGUAGGUAACUCUCUCCUUUCCUCUUGCUUCUUUCAGGUUUCUAUCCUGAUCUUUAAUUUUGGGUAACUUGAUGAUAUGCUUUGGUGUAUUCCUCUUUGGGUCCAAUUUGUUUGGGAUUCUCUGAGCUUCCUGGACUUCCUGGAAGUCUAUUUCCUUUGCCAGAUUGGUGAAGUUCUCCUUCAUUAUUUUUUCAAAAAAGUUUUCAAUUUUUUGCUCUUCCUCUCCUUCAGGUACCCAUAUGAUUCUGAUGUUGGAAUGUUUAAUGUUGCCUUGGAGGUUCCUAUGCCUUUCCUCAUUUUUUGGAAUUCUUGUUUUUUUCAUUCUGUUCUGUUUGAAUGUUUCAUUCUUCCUUCUGCUCCAAACCACUGAUUUGAGUCCUGGUUUCUUUACUAUCACCAUUGGUUCCCUGUACAUUUUCCUUUAUUUCACUUAGCAUAGCCUUCAUUUUUUCAUCUGAUUUGCGACCAUAUUCAACCAAUUCUGUGAGCAUCCUGAUUACCAGUGUUUUGAACUUUGCCUCUGAUAGGUUGGCUGUCUCUUUGUUGCUUAGUUGUAUUUUUGCUGGAGCUUUGAUCUGUUCUUUCAUUUGGGCCAUUUUUUUUGUCUUGGCACACCUGUUAUAUAAUAAGGGGCAGAGCCUUAGGUGUUCGCCAGGGCAGGGAACCCAUGUUGCUUCUUUGUGAUGCUGUAUAUGGGGGAGGGGUCUGAGAGGGAACAGUGUCACUUGCUCUGCUCUCUAUGUGCUUUCAGUCACUUGCCCAGCUACCCACAAGCAAUUUGGGUCCUUCUGGUGCUGAUUCCCAGUGAGAGGGUUUGUGCAUGCCCUAGGACCCUGUGGGUCUCUCCAACAAAUUCUCCUGUGAGGCAGGGAGUUUCUCCUGCUGCUUCAACCCCCACAAGUAUUUUCAGUCAGAGGCUUUGAGGCUUUAUUUUCCCAUUCUGGACCCCUGGGUUUCGCAGUCUGUCUCCCUACCCAGUUGUUCUUCCCAGUUUAUCUGCACACAAAUAUGGGACCACCCAGUCUGCCAGCUGCCACCUUGCUGCUAGUCCUCUCUGCCCAGCUGCCUGUCUCUGCCCAUCUUUGCCUCUCCUACUGGUCUGAAUGAAUGUUUCUUUUAACUCCUUGGUUGUUGGAUUUCCAUAGAGUUCAAUUUUCUGUUAUUGAAUUUGUUGUCCUUUUGGUUGUUUAAGGAGGCACAGUGUGUUUGCCUACACCUCCAUCAUGGCCAGAAGUUCUCUAGACUUCGAAGAUUUUGUUGAGAAAUCAGCCAACAGUCUUAUGGGAACUCCCAUGUAGGUAACUAACUGCUUUUGUCUUUCUGCCUUUUAGAUUCUCUGUGUUUAAGCUUUGCAUUUUUAUUUUGAUAUGUCUUGGUGUGGGCCUCUUUGAGUUCAUCUUAUUUGGGCCUUUCUGUGCUUCCUGGAUUUGGAUUUCCUUCACCAAGGUGAGAAAGUUUUCUGCCAUUAUUUUUUUGGAUUGGUUUCCAAUUUCUUCCUCCCUCCUUCUCCUUCUGGGACCCCAAUGUUGUAAAUGUUGAUACACUUGAAGUUGUUCCAGAGGCUUACAGUAUCCUCACUUCUUUGGAUUCUUUUUUCUUCUCUCUGUUCUGAUUUGGUGUUUUUUGCUUCCUCAUAUUUCAUACUGCUCAUUUGAUACUCAUCUUCAUCUACUCCACUGUUGAUUCCCUGUAAAUUAUUCUUCACUUCAGUUAGUGCAUCCUUCAUUUCUGACUUUUCCUUUUUUAUGGUUUUGAUAUUUGUUUUUAUGCAGUUGAAGUUCUCACUAAGUUCAUCUACUCUUUCCCCAAGUUCAUUGAGCAUCCUUAUAAGCAGUGUUUUGAACUCUGCAGCUAGUAGAUUACUUGUCUCCAUUUUGUUCUUUUUCUGGAAUUUUGUUCUGUUCUUUCAUUUAGGACAUAUUUCUUGCAUUUUUUAAAUUCUCAUCUGAGCAUAUAUUUAUUGAUUUUAGGGGGAACAGGAUGAGAGAGGGGGAAGAGGAGAGAGAGAGACAGAGACAGAGACAUCGAUUGGUUGCUUCCUGUAUACUCCCCAACUGAGAUCAAACUCGCAGCCUGAAAAUGUGCCUUGACUGGAUUGAAUUCGAAACCUUCUGGUGCACAGGUUGGUGCUCCAACCAACCAAGUCUCCUGGCCCAGGCUGUUUCUUUCAUUUUUAAUUAAAGAAAUAAUCCCACUAAGAUAAUCUCACAAACUUGCCAUCCAGUAAAAUUUUUUUUCUGAAGUACUAGGAGCAGUCAUUGAAACUUGUUUGUAUUCUUUAGUUAAUUAGACCAUUUUUUCUGGUUUUGUGUUACUUCUCUUGGCAUGUAUUUCAUUUUUGAAAAAAUUCUUCAUGGAUAGUUAUAUAGUAAUUGUGAUUUAAAAAAUUGUGAUUUUUUAAAUCACAAUUAAAAAAAUACUGCUUAUUAGUCAAGCAGUAUUUGUAAACUCAAGCUUCCUGGAAGCUUAUUUUAAGCAAGUUAAGUGAGUCAAGCAUGCUUUUUUGUUUGGUUCACAGGCCCGUGCUCAAUCCACUGAGCUACACCAGCCAGGGCAAGCAUGCUUUUUUGUUUCCUUUGUUUCUUGUUUUGUUCUGUUGGUGGAUGCUGAACAUACCAUGCAUCUUCAGCCCCUUAAGCCACCCGGCGGGACCUCUCGGGUGUUCUGUUUUGCCUUGGCAGUGCAUUGUGUGCACAGCAUCAUUACUGCCAGGCAGCGCGUCGCUUUACCCAGAAUGAGAGUGUUGUUGCAUUUUAUUUUUUUCUAUGCUGCAUUAUCAAAUUAGAAAGGUUUGGUCCCUGUCAUUCAUCUGGAUUUUACAACACUGAGGUGUUAGGACUAGGUUUGUGCAGUUCUGUCUCACACACACCUGAUCAGGUCAUUCCUACAUUCAGCAGACUUGCUUUGGGUGAUUCCUGUGUCCAACAGCCCGGUGAGGGGUGGGGCAGGGAAGAGCCUGAUGGGAGCUUUAUGCUUAUGGAGUUGGACCAUGCAGCACAGGCCUGACUGGGCACUUUUCAUAACUACACAGUGUGGCCUUGAGUGCAGCUAGUGAAACGAGUUUGGGUUAUAAAUGGAGACGCACAGUAACCUGAGUGUGCUUUGGAAAGAAAAUAAGUAAAAGGUUUUCUCUGUUUUGCUCUUUAAAUCUGUUUUAAAGUUAGAACUGAUAUCCGUUUAUCUGAAAAAUAUAACAUACAGAUCUGGCUAGUUUUAUUAAUCAGUUUUGUGAUUUCUAAGCUACAUGUUUAUUGUAAACAUGUACACAUGUAAUUAUGGUAGACAUGUAAUGUUACAUGUUAUAUGUAAACAUUUUGUUCUCAUAAGUUCUUCAUUGUUUAAAGGAACUAAUAUUGAUGAAAUGUAACAGACAAGUAGCUCUUUAGUGUAGACUGAAACUUUUUAGUAAUGCAGGUGGACAGUAGACAAGGGCAUCACAGACUUUGUCUUCAGGUCAGUAGCAGCACAGGCAUUGCAGAGGGACCAGACCCUCUUGAGCUUGGACCUUGGUCUCUAGAAAUACCAGGACAGCUUGGAAGAGGACUCACAUGUGGUCUAGCUACAUAAUUAGGGGCUUCAUCUGAGCUCCUGAGACUGUAGUUUUUAUGAUAUGAUAUUUGACUGUCAAAAAAUAGGCUAAAAUCACUAUGCAAAAAAUGAGCAGGUAAGUGUCUGAUGAAUCUAAAUCUACUAUGAACAAACAAACAGAUACCUCAGGAAAAGUGCGUGUACAGCCCAAAUGUACAAUGUAAUUGUUACUCUUCCACUUUGUUCCAUGUAGCCUGACUGUAUGAUAUAUGAAAUUAUUGGUAGCCUCUAGGUUUGGAGCAGCUUGAGUUUGUUUAAAUUCCUUCCUAGGAAGUUUCUGUGUACACUGUCAAAGUCACAGUGUGAGUCAUAAGAUGAAGCAGUUGACGUGGUGUUUCAUGCUCCCUGAGCCUAACUUGAGAGGCACAGAAGGACUUAGGCAGGUCUUUCACGUUAUGUGGGCUCUGGCUCCUUCAGUAUUGUCUUGAUUACUGAGUCUUUUUUUGUGUAAUAGUAGAUUCCCACUCUUCCUUCAAUCUUAUUGAUGAUAAAUACCUUAGGAUGCAUCCUGUAUGAUAGGCAUAAAGCAGUGGUCCCCAACCUUUUGGCACCAGGAAUGGUUUUGUGGAAGGUAAUUUUUCCACAGACCAAGGUGUGGGAGUGCUUUCGGGAUGAUUCAAGAGCACUACAUGCAGGCUCACCUGCUGCUGUGAGCCUGGUUCCUAACAGGCUCCGACGGUACUGAUCCACAGCCUCGGGGUUGGGGACCCCUGGCAUAAAGCAUUUAGGAUACUUGCUGGCCUUUUCCAAGAAAUGGCCAUUUUAACUUAUUUGAGGAAACAACAGUAAUUAUUUUAAUAUUUUUGUAUCUUUUGUUCCUUAACUUUAUGAUUAUAUGAUUUUUUUAUAUAUCACUUAAUUUGUGAUGCACAUAAUAUUUAUGUGAAUCUCAGAAUCUGUCACAAUAGAAAAGUAGGAAUUACAGUUGGAGGGAACAUUAGGGGAUAAAAAUGAACUCCAAAUGUUUUAUUCUCAUCUUCAUUAAUUAUUUUUGCAGGAAAAGCUAAAAACUCUGUUGUAGUGACUACAUUUACUUAUUUAUAUUUUUAGUUUUUUCAUACUUAUUUAAUUUUUUUAGGAUAUUUGCUUUAAUAUUGUUUCUUAAUAUGAAAACUGUAUGAGUAUUUUAAAAGUAAAAUCCCUAAGAUGGUAGGUAUGUUUUUAAACAUUCACAAAUUAACAAUAUAUUUUUAAAAUUUUUAUUAGGUUCUGGACCACUCUAGCUUAACCAUUUCUAAAUUUCCAGGUGACUCAUUAACAAAACAGAAAAAAAAUUAUGGUAGUAUCAUGAAAUUUAUUCUUUUAAUUUUACCAUUCUCAUUUCUUAAUUGACCUUAUCUUAUAUGUGUGUAUAAAUAGGCUGGACACAACUUUGCUUUGUCACCAGCAGGGCGCAGGUGUUGGCACAUGUGGAAAUCUGGCACAAGAAACAGGAAAUUAGCACAGAGGUUUUCCUGCAGUAAAAGGGCUCUCGUUUGAUUUUAUGUUCAAAACUAUAAAAUGCACUUUUGUCUUACAACCUUUGAAAUGUCUAAACGUUGCCCUUUGGAAAACCUGAGCCUUUGCACAUGUUAUUUCCAGACUCUACCUCAGUUAACCAGGCUUAGUUUUAGGCAGGGAGGAAUAGAAACUAUUUAAACUCAGCUCAUCAUCCACGCAGAUUUGUGUGUUUAAGUAUUCCCUUCUUUCUCCUCUUGACCUCUUUCCAUUGACUUUUUACUUUAACCCUGAAAUCUUUAUUUAAAAUAUUUGUCUUUCUUUCUCUGUCAAAGCCACAUAUUCAAAUUAAGCUUCUGUGAAAUGUCCGAAUUACCCCUUCUGUCUUUGUUAUGACCAGCUUUGUUACAUACACGUCCUCCUAGUUUCUCACAGCUUCAUAAAUACAAGCUAACUUGACAGCAUGAAAAGUCUGGGAACCUAAUUUGUUUUCAUUGUCUUAAGAACCUAAAUACUUAAUGAAAACACACAGGAUGGACACACAUUAUUCGGAUUGUGGAUGAAGCAGAGUCACCUCCAGUUCUUAUGGUGUGGACAGUGUCCAGCAAGAUCACUUACGUUACGAUGGUGUGUGUGUUGAGAUUUUUGUUUCAGUGUUUGUCUCCCAGUAUUUUGAACCUAAUUUAAAGAAGAUAUUUCUAAACUGUAUUUAUUAAAUGUGAUUUUCCUUACAUUUUGUGCUGCUAACUUUGCUGUGUCAUGAGCUUACUUGUGUCUGUGCAUAGGUUGUAAUUUGGUAAUAAAUAUUUAGAGUAUUUC